AUGGAGAGCGCAUUAAUCUUUUUCAGCCUAUUUGGCUUAAAGAUCCCUCACUGGGCAGAUGCUCCAAUAAACUUGCGCGCUCUUCUUUAUAUUCCAUCUAUAAAACCCUCCAUUUUUGAUAUGGCAAAAGAUGUAGACUCUGGAAUUUCUCUCUACAGCAAGAAGGUUCUUAUUCUCAACAAAGCUCCAAACAUUCUCCCGAAAUGGCUACGUUUCAUCAGAGGAAUUGUGGAUAGCGAGGACAUCCCCCUUAAUCUUAGCCGUGAGCUUUUGCAGGACCAUGCUCUAAUUCACCGUAUUAAUCGACUUCUCACUACUAGAGCACUGAGAUUCCUUUCAAUGGAGGCAAAUAAAGAUAAGGCAAAAUUCGCCCUGUUUUACAAUGACUUCAAUUUGUAUUUAAAAGAGGGAAUUGUUCUGGAGAAUGAGCAGUCAAUUAGGGAGGAGAUAGCCAAAUUGCUUUUAUAUGAGACUAGUUCACUGCCUAAGGGCCAAUUCACAACCUUGGAGGAGUAUGGAACUCGAAUGGACGCAGGAAGUCGAAUUAUCUAUUACCUAAGUGCUCCCAAUAGACAGCUUGCAGAAUCCUCCCCUUACCUUGAGGCUCUUCGGCAGAAAAAACCUGGAAUUGAGGUUAUCUUCCUUUAUGAAGCUCAUGAUGAACUUGUGCUAAUGCAGCUCGGAGAAUUUGCCAAGAAAAAAUUGGUUUCCGUCGAGAAUGCUUUGGCUGAGGAUUCACCAGAGUCGACUCAGCUUCCUAAUAGUGAUUCAGAAACUAAAAGCAAUAAUAUUGACGAUAAGGAAAAUGUGUUCCUAACCACACAAGAAGCUAAAGACCUUGCUCAAUGGUGCGAGAAAGUCCUUGGAAAGCGAGUAAAAAAGGUCGUUGUAAGUAACAAAUAG